AUGCGCAAGGAGAUCAAGGACUCUCUGCCGUACAUUCCCGUUGAGAUACUCGACAGGAUGUCCAAGAAGCACUCUGUUCUGUGCACAAAGUUCUUCUCCAUUAGUAGCUCCAUACAGCCGGACUUCACGAUAGUCCAGCUGUUGACAUUCGGCUUCUGGCGUGUAGGUCCGGUUGCGACGGUGGAUGAACUCGAGAACGCCAUCAUCGAACUGUUUCCGUGGUACAAUCGAGUUAGGAAGAACGAAAAACCGACGCACAUCAAGCGAAUUCGUGAUGGCUUCAGCACGAGCUGCCACGAGCCGCUUUUCACCCACACUCAUGUUGUUGACCAAUACGGCAUGGUGCCCGGAUACGAGAAGGAAAUAUUCCCACACUUUGGUCUGAAAAACACAGAGUCUUUGUCAAUGCAGCACCAACCUGGUCAGCCAAUAGACUUCAACGAUCUCCCGAGGGAAAUACAUCAAAUGGUCUUCGAGAAGCUCUACGAAUGUGGACCUUUGAACGGCGGCUAUUCUUGGAGGCAACAUCAUGGUAGCCAGGAGCCUCUGCUUUCCUACCGCGGACCACCUGGAUCUAUCACCGAAACCACGGAUGUCCAUCUUCCUGACCUUGUCUUCGACUUUCGGCGAUUCAACAUGGCGGACAUACAGGCAUUGAAGGUGGUAUUCCAGGAUCAAUGGGAGAUCAACGUACUUUGUCGGUUCAAGGGCAUUCGAGUCUCCACCAGCGUCAGGUGGACAGACACAACAACGGGCAGAUGCGUCUCAUCCAUCCAGAGGGACGAGAACGGCAAGGACAUUCUGGACGACCAAUUCGAUUGGCUGAAGAGGUGUAUGGGCAAGACGAAGAAUCGCAUGCUGCCAUGCCCAGCGAUUACACCCAAGCCUAGGGCUGUUUCGACCAUCAAGGGCUGGACCAAUGGCAAGAUUGCGCUUGCCGCGAUACGAUAUGGUGGAAUAUCUGUCGGGCUCACAAACAAGAAACAGCGAGCGGAAUGGCUUGCGCGGCAGAUGGAGGAUGACUACCGCAACCCAGGGGAGCCCUAG